AUGAGUUCACCAGCUGGAAAACCGAUCGAUGUCCCGGUCGAAGAUGGGGAUGCCAUUCUCAUGCAUGAGAUAUCCCUUGGCCCCAACGACAACAUGACCAAGGAGAGCCUUACAGAUAGACUCGCAAAUCUCCUCGAAGAGCACGAACAUGACCAGAACUUCCCCGACGACAUCCUCCAACGAGCGAGAAGCUACCUCGAAAAUAGAAAUGGUGAACAGCAAGACGAAGAAUUGGCUCAUGACAUAUAUGCCAAGUUCCAAGCUCAGAGGGAUCUGAUGUUGAACAAUUCCAUCUACCCGGAAGUUCGAGCGGUCGUCGAAAACACAGACGAUCCGACGCUGCCUGUAGGGACGUUCAGAGCUUUCUUCCUAGGCACAAUAUUCGUGCUACUGGGCACAUCGAUUGAACAAUUCUUCUCCCUUCGAAUGCCGGCCAUCAGUCUGUCGACAUACAUGGUACAGCUAUUGUCAAUGCCUUUGGGAAUGCUGCUGGCAAAGAUCCUUCCAUCAAAACGGUUUCGAAUAUUCUCUUGGGAAUUCUCCCUCAACCCUGGACCUUUUAGCCAGAAAGAGCAUGUCUUGAUCGCAAUCAUGGCAAACGUGUCUUUUGGUGGUGCUGCAGUUGGCGCGUAUGUUGUUUCCAUCAUCCAGGUGUUGAAGCUCGACACCUUUUACGGUGAAAAGGUUCUCUCGAACAGCAUCCCCUGGCAGAUCAUCACUUUGUUGUCUACCCAAUUCCUCGGGUAUGGAUGUGCAGGUUUGGCUCGUCGGUUCCUCGUAUACCCUUCAUCUAUGCUGUGGCCGAGAUCAUUGGCAAAUAUUGCCCUCACCAAGGCUUUGUAUAAAGACAACGGAAACAGAGAGCAAGCUGCGAAUGGAUGGACGAUGACGCGGUACAGAUUCUUCUUGAUCUGUUUUGCCUCCAUGUUUGUGUACUUUUGGAUCCCCAAUUUUCUCUUCAAAGCUCUUGGGUUGUUCAACUGGCCGACGUGGAUAUCACCGCGCAACGUCACUCUGGCCCUCAUCGCCGGGUCUACCUGUGGUCUCGGCUUCAACCCCUUGCCCACGCUGGACUGGAACAUUGCAACAUAUCUAGGUGAUCCCAUCGUCACGCCCUUUUUCACGCUCAUGAACUACGCAAGCGGCAUGGCCAUCAUCGGCGUCAUCGUCGCGCCGUUGCUGUACUUUAACAACGUGUGGGACGCAGCUUAUUUCCCCAUCAACAGCAACCUUGUCUACGACAAUUCGGGUAGCCGCUACAACGUUUCGCACAUAUUACUGCCCAACUUUACACUCAACGAGACGGCGUACCACGAGUACAGCGUUCCCCUCGUGACGUCUACCCAAGUGACCAAGUAUGCGGCUGCCUUUAUGAUAUACGUGGCGACGCCGGUGCACAUGUAUCUCUGGCAUCGCAAGGAUAUCAUGAAUGGUAUACGAGCGUCUUGGAAGAGAAAGUCACGGGAUGACGAGUUUGACGAUGUGCACAACCGCCUCAUGGCUGCGUAUCCGGAAUGCCCUCACUGGUGGUACCUUGUCAUCCUCGCCACGUCUUUUACCCUCGCAUGUAUCUCUGUCAGCGUGUGGCCAACUGGCAUGCCAAUAUGGGGGAUUAUUCUGGCUGUGCUCUUCACCGUCCUGCUGCAAGUUCCGAUUGGUAUGCUGUUUGCAGUCACAAACCUGGAACUCUCAACGGGUAUUCUAGCCAUGAUUAUCGGGGGCCACGCCUUGGAGGGACGCCCAAUACCCAACAUGAUCUUCAACAUGUUUAGUUAUAUGUCUACGCAUCAGUCGUUGAACUUUUCAUGUGAUCUCAAACUCGCCCACUAUGCCAAGAUUCCUCCCCGAUGGGCCUUUGCCGCGCAGGUUUACGCAACCUUUUUGGCUGGGUUUAUCGGAUUAGCUGUGAAUCACUGGGUCCUUCGCAAUGUCGAAGAUGUGUGCCAGUUGCAUCAGAAAGACCGCUUCACCUGCCCCCGCACACACACCUACUUCAUGUCCUCGGUAAUAUGGGGCGUCGUCGGUCCACGCCGCCUCUUUGGAUCCCAAGGCCCAUACCGCGCACUCACAUACACUAUCCCAAUAGGUGUCGUAGUUCCCAUCGUCGCGUACUUUAUCGCGAAGCGCUGGCCCAACUCAUUCUGGCGCAACGUCAACGCACCCAUCCUCUUCGCGGGACCGAUGGGCUGGGCGCCCUUCAACUGGAGCUACAUGCAGGGCACGGUGGUGCUGGCGUUUGUAUUCAACUUUUUCAUCAAGAGGCGGUAUACGGCGUGGUGGGAGAAGUACGCGUACGUGCUGACGAGCUCGCUCAGCGCGGCUAUUGGCAUCUCAGGGGCCAUCAUGUACUUUGCGGUGCAGCACACGGGCGUCGUGCUGGACUGGUGGGGGAACCGGAUCCAUGAGCAGGGUGUCGACAGGCAUGGUUUGGUGGGUGCUGAUGGAAAGAUUGUCAGGUGUUCGAGGUUGCAGGUACCUGAGAAGGGUUACUUUGACAUUGGUUUUGACUGGAAGGUUUAG